AUGUCGAGAUUAUUUGGAAGGGUCGGCAAAUUGUGGGGUCGAAGCAAAGAUCGAAACAAGGAAAAUGAGGAACCAUCGCCCAGAGACAACCAAUUUCACAACGCGAGCAGAAGACCAUCACCUACAUAUGGAAGGCACAAUCGACCGACUUGGCACAACUGUGACGAUGAAUAUCCUGAUGAUAGAGCGUGUUAUUCGAAUGCGUUAGCUCAUCGGAGACAACACCCAAAAGGGCCAAAGAGUUGUCCCGUUGAUAUUGAGGAAGACCGCGGCUUACCACAUGAUCGCUCAUUUGGCACCGAGUUCGAGUUCGACCGUGCAUCUAACAAUCGAAUGUUUCGCCAACAAGAACGAUAUAGCCAAAGAGACAACAUUCGAACGACUCGAAAUCAUGGACUAUUGGAAAGAAGUUCAAUCGAAAAUGAAUCUGUUCGCAUUCAGGAGCUGGAGUCCAUUGUGAUGAAGCUACAGGUGGCAAUUAGUAAAAAGGAUCAAAAAUGCAGAGAAGAUUUAAAACAAGCGAAUGCUAUGAAAGAUGAAAUCGAAAAGGCACUAUUUCGACAAUUGGGCCGAGUACGCCAAGAACGUGAUAUGUACAAAAAACAAUGUCGAUCCCUCGAAUUGCGCCUCGAAAAUGCGCUCCAAUAUCAAAAUUUGCCCAUUCUUCCUCCGGGUCUUCGCCAAGGAAGCGGUUUUCGUGGAAUGCAACCCGACAACACACCAAGCACGUCGGCUCUCGAAAGCAUCACUGGUGCUGGAGAAUCUAUGACGACGCAAUCAAAUUGCUCCUUCUUGGAGGAGUUCAUGCUACCAGUGCCUUCUCUUUCACAACAUGAACCACUUAUAGCAACGAAUCCAUUUGAAAUUCCUUUGGCUCGACCGUUGGAAUUGGAGGAAAGAGGCGAUGAGCAAAAAGAUUUUCGACAAAGACGCUCAUUAAGCUAUUCUUUCCACAAUGACAGCCAUAUUGAAGCACAGCGAUCAGAUGUACAAUCCCGGUUGAAUAACAGUGGAAGGGCGCACAGUGAGACAAUUUUAUUGGAAGACACCUCCAGCACAACAUCGACGAUUCAUCCAACUCCUGAUUGCCCUGAAAUGUCACGACCA